AUGCGCGCCCUCCUUUUAUUCAGUGCUUUGGCGUCCGCCGCCGAGAUUCGUAGCGUCACUGUCGACGCCAGCAAGGUGAUAGGCCCCCUGAGGAAUCUCCAGGGCUCCAACGGCUGCAACACCACUGCCACCGCCGCCCUACCAAUUCCCCUGCAUGAUCUGCAAGAACCGCUGGCGAGACUGUGGCCCAGCCACGGCAUCCAACAUGUGAUGAUAUACACCUGGCCUGAUGUAUUCCUGGGCUGGGGUCUCUCCGGUACGGCGGGCGACGCAACGCGCCCCGAGAACUACAACUGGACCGACGCCGACGCGACGGUGCGCUUCAUCCUGGACCAUGGCGCCGUGGCGUCCGUCCAGUUCAACCCAGACGCCGGGAUGAAUGCGACGCUCUCCUCCGCGGCGCUGCUUGGCGACAUCGGCUUCAUGAUCGCGGACCGGUACAUGAACGGCGCGCACGGCGCCGGCUUCCACAACGCCCUGGACCUGAUCGACUUUUACCCGGAGGAGGAUCUCUACGCGGCACGGAAUGCAGAUUAUGAGACCUCAUUUGCAUAUUUCGCCGGCUUUGCACGCGGCGUUGCGCGGGCGAAUUCCUCACUGGGCGUCGGUGCCUGGGGCAGCAACCGUAUCUGGACGCCUCAAACAAACUACACCCUCACGGACCCGUUCAUCACGCAGUUCUAUCAGGAUUGUGCAGAGCAGAAGGUCCCCAUCAAGGCAGCGACAUACCACUUCACCAACGCGCAAUACUCGUUCGAUCCAUACGACAUCAAACGACUGACGGAUGCCUUCCGGCGCAAUGUGCUGGUCCCCGCGGGCCUGUCCUCCCUGCCUGUAUGGGUGACAGAAUUCGAUGGAAACCCGGGGGGUGCCCUGCCGACCUCUGCUUCUGCCCUGGCAAGUUACAACGACCCGGCCUGGUUCGCGAGCUUUAAUCUCGCGGUGUCCAUGUAUGCGCAGGACGCCGACGGGCUGGAACAGGCUCUGCCCUGGACAGGGUUCGGGUAUGGCGGUUACGGCGCCGGAAACGCCAGCUUCCCUGCCUGGUUCAAUGAGACGGAUGGCGAGCCUGUCCCCUUGAACGCUGCGGCUGCGUGGCGUCUGCAGGCGGAUCUGGUCGUGAAUGCCAGCUCGCGACUGGAGGUUCGUGGCAGCUCGCCCGAUGGGUUUGCCGUGUUGGCUGGUCGGUCGGCGACAGCGGACGAGGUGCAGGUUCUCCUCAAUAAUUACCAGCUGGAUUAUGAUAUUCCGCGACAAAUCGCCGCCGUGAUGGCCCCGGAACUGAAUACGUCCACCACUGCCGAUCCGAUCAUUCAAUCCAACGGCCUUCUCAAUGGCGAACAGGCAUGUCUACUACCAGGAACAGCAGCCGUAAUACCCGUGUGUCAAACGUUCCUGGAAGCAACCGUCCGGAACAAUACGUCUCAGGGCUAUCAGCUCAACAUCACCAAUCUUCCUUGGGAUGCGACGACGAGCUACGAGGUCCAAAUUGCCCGUGUUGGCGGGGGACAGGUCUAUCAUGUCGUCCAAGAGGCCAUUGGCUCUGGGAAUUCUUUUGAAAUCACGCUGGAUUUACCUGGCAAUGCUCAGGACCUCGUCAAGAUCCGGAAAGCAAAGUAA